AGAGCCCUUUGUGUCAAUCACGCGUUUUUUUUUCAUCGCCAUAUUGGGUGCCGUAAAGCCUCGCCUUGUUAUUUCUCUUCCCCUUUUUUACUACGACGCGCAGUUGACAGGAGCGGCCGUCGCGAGCGCUGCUUUUGUUUUGAUGACCGUCGCGCGUCCGCGUUUUCCGCUCAUGCGGCGAGUCUGCCUCGACGCCCGUCGCUUCGCAUCGCGCUAACGCGGGAGGAGAACGCUCCGUGGCUUCGCGUUGUCGAUUCGAACGCCGUGAAAUGUCCAACGUUCGCUUGUCUAACGGCAGCCCGACGCUGGAACGGAUGGAGGCGCGACCGUCAGACCAGCCCAAGCCGUCGGCGUGUCGGAACCUGUUCGGUCCGGUGGAUCACGAAGAGCUAAACCGGGACUUCCAGCGGCACCUGAAGGCGAUGGAGGACGCGUCGUCGGACGCGUGGGACUUCGACUUCUCCGCGCACACGCCGCGCACCGGCGGCAGAUACCAGUGGGAAGCGCUGGAUAUCCGCUCGGUGCCCGGUUUCUACAGCAGGUCGGAGCGGGGCAGGGGCUCCGAGCUCCACGCGAGCUCCCCCGGGAAUAAUAACGACAACAACGUGGAUGUUAACGGCAAUCACGACUGUCGGGUAACGGAGCCGAGCGCGGAGACGCCCGAGAAAGACCGAGAGCAGCGGAAAAGAGGCUCCUGUCUCGACUCGUCGCGUCAAAGCAAGCGCUCGCACCUCUGCGCGGACGAAGCGACCCGGACGCCCCGGAAGCCCCGGAAGCCCAGGAAGCACCCCGGGCCGACCCCCACAUGAACCCCCUUCGAGGGGCCGGGGCCCACGGCGCGCCUUCCAGGACCUCAGUGCUUGCUCAACGACACUUACUUCUGUUUUAUUUUGAUUAUUAUUAUUAUAUAUAUUUUUUUGUGGGGAUCGGGAACCGGACGAGUGAACGGAGCAACGAGCGGAAAAUAAAACAUAUCAACUCUAAGAGUGUGUUCAAGCACUGAAACAAACACUAAAGUUCUGGCACUCGAGAAAAAAAAAGAAAAAGGAGAAGAGGAGAAGAGGAAAAAAAAAGCGACUGCCUCGUAAAGCAGUGUAUGUAGCAGUGUGCAAUUAGGUUGAAUUUCCUUUUUUGCUCAUUUUUGUUUUUGUUUGUUUUUCUUACUACCUGUGUAUAUAAAUAUAUAUUUGUUCCUUUCCUCAUGUAGCACAUAAUUAGUAUUAUGUCGGAAAAAUUCUAUUAUUAUUAUUAUUAUAUAUUAUUAUUUUAUUUUAUUUUUUUUUCUCUCUUUUUUUGUUUGAUUUGACUUGAAGAGCCACCGUUUUGUAGAUUAUUUCCGAAAUGCUGUUCACGUUUAUUUCACGUUUCGAAGGCCUUUUUUUUUUUUAUUUGAUGUAUUUUAUAUAUAUUUUCUAGUUCAGAUGAGGUACACCCGAUAGCAGUUGAACGGAUCUGAACAUCUCAGCCUCUUUAGUUUUUUUUCGAAGGUGAUGUAAAAGUUGAAACUCUGAGGUCAAACCUUGUAGCAUCGACCAGUAUUACCGAUAUCAGGCACUUCCGUGGAAAAUGAUUUCUUUGGAUCAUCUGUAAGGUUUUCUACUGAUAAGCGCUUCUCUCUUUUCGUUUCGGUCUCCCUCGGUUUAGCCUCGUUUUUCUCGUCAUGCCUCUAAAACGCUCUACGAAUCGAUUCUGUGGUGAAACCCGAUGCGUAACUGUAUUUAUAAAGUAAAUAUUAAUAUUUGAACGAUUUUCACUGCCUGUGUAUUUGUGUAAACUUUGAAAUGUACCUGUGUACAUAACUUUGUAAAAACACUGAGAAAUUAAAACUAACUUAUUUAUGUCAAGGUUUUUUUUUUUGGUUUGUUUUGGACAUUAAAAAUGGGGUUUUUGGUCAA